CGAGCAAGCGUCAUUUGACUUUAAAUACCUACCACAAUUUUUAUAUUUUAUACGCAGAAGAGGAUAAUUUUAUUAGGUCUGAGCCUAGGAAACUUAAAUAUCAAUGUGAAUUUUCCAAAGACUUUCGAUUUCCUCAUAAAAAAUAUUUUAAUUGUUCUGCUCAGUACUAAUUUUUAUUUAAAGCAGACGGAAAAGUUACAAAAUCACGAAACUUUAGGAGGUGAAUCCCGUUUAUGCCAACAUUGCACAAAUAACUCUGGUUUCCUCCAGGAGCAGAAUUAGGAAAUCAAAAUGUGAGGGUGUAAAUCGCGCCUGUUGUAUUGAUUAGUGGAAUAAAAAUAGACGAUAAUGGCGCUCUUGCGUCAUAUAGCAAGCAAUCCCCAGACCCAUAUUGAUUUUAAAAGGCCAAAUCCCUUUGAAAUCACGAGUUUUCUGCGUCCGCGCCCGGGAAAACCAUCCCCUCCGUGUACAAUGGCGCGAAGAAUGUGCACGUGUCUUUUGACGUAUGCCAAUCGGAAAAUGUAUCACUUGAAGUAUUUUAUAAAUUUCCCGAUUGCUUUAAAAGAAAAAAAUAAAUUCCCGAAAAAAAGUGCGGUUAACGAUAGUGAAAUGUAGCGGAUUCCUGGAGGAGUUUUUCAAUUGGAAAUAAAACAUAGUGCAAAUCGGUUAUUUCAAACAUAAAAAAGCAUAAAUUUUCAUGAAUUGUACCUAUCGAGUGUGUGCGCAAUGAUCUCUAUUAAAGGACGGUGGGUAUAGUUCUUUUUUAUGUUCUGUAUAUCUAAUUAGAGUCGCUGCCCGAUCGAACCAGAUUCCAAUACUCAAAUGUAGUUUUAAUAAAAAUGGAUAUUGGAAAAUGGUGCAGGAUUUGUUCAGUCGAGGUUAAAUGUGGCAUUUUUGUGUUCAGUGAAGAAGCAAAGCGGGCCUUUUUGCACGCAAAAAUUAGAAAAUAUCUUUCUGUGACGAUUAGUUUAAAUGAUAAAUUGCCAAAAAUGAUUUGCGAAGACUGCAUUUCAAAAAUUAACGGAUUUCACUCUUUUGCCACGAUGGCAUUGAAAAGCCAAGAGAAAAUAAAAAGAUGCAUACUAUCUGCACCAGCUAGUCCAGAAGCAACGAAAGCCAACAGUGUGUCUUUAUUGCAUACUUAUUUAACCAAGGGCACAGAUGAGAAAGUAACCCAAAACAAUGAGACUGAAGUAAUGGAAAUGGAAGUUAGAGUGGACCCAAUGUCAAUUUUACAAUGUUGCUUAGACGAAACAGAAUCCGAAGACGAAUCUGAAGCAAACGCUGCAAAUUCCGAAAAAGACGAAGAUGAUAACGAAGAAAGCACUGACGAUGAAACACAAUCAAAUUCCUUGGAAAACGGUUCAGAAACUGAAAACUCAGAAAACACUUGCAUCAUUUACUUAUGCUCGAUUUGCAAAAGAAGUUUUACAACGAACUUAGCUCUACAGGAUCAUAUGUACGUACAUUCAGCCAAAAGAACCUUAAGCCUGAUAUUUAAUAAAUUUCAAGAAAAUCUUACAACAGUUUAUGUAAAUAGCAGUGAAACAACACACAACGGUGAAACUCAAGAAGACGAAUCCAUUUUGAAUAAAUGCCCUAUUUGUGCCAAACAUAUUUCUUCUAAAGGGGCUUUGAAAGUGCAUUUAGAAACUCAUAGACCGAAAGGUCAAUAUGGAUGUGAUAUUUGUGGAAGAGUGUUCAAAACACAAUGUAAUUUAUAUCGUCAUAAAGAAUACCAUCAAGGCGUUCAAUUUCCCUGUGAAGUUUGCGGCAGAGUUUAUCCGACAAAUAGCACGCUAAGAGCUCACUCAAUCACUCACAGCGAUUUAAGGCCUCAUAAAUGUCCAUUGUGCGAUAAAACGUUUAAGAGAAAUCAAGAUUUAAAGUUCCACAUAAAUCAGCACACAGGUGCAAGGCCCUACCAAUGUCCUUACUGUCCAAAAGCCUUCGCAAGCUCAGGAAAUUGCUUUUCCCACAGAAAACGCAUGCAUUCAAUUGAAGUGGAGCGCGACAGGGAACGAGCAGCCAAAAUUAUGAGAUAAUUUAUUCUGGUGUUUCUGCAUUUUAUUUGUUUUCUGUUAAAAACACAUAUCUCAUCAGGCGAAAAUUGAAUAUCGAUAAAAAUUGUGUUUGAGGUAAUAUAAUUUUACUGAUGAUGAUAAAUAUUUGUGAAUAGAUGUGUAGAGAAAUAUCUGUUCGAAGACUCCAAAUAGUCCCUAUGUUGUUAAUCCAGAACUGAGUUAUGAUAAUACCUAGAAUAUAUUUUAUUUAUUUUUAAUUUAUUUCUAACAUUUGACUGAUAAACACGAUCAGUAUUAAAUAGGUAGUCGUAAGUAGGAUUUAUGUAAAUAAAAUUCUUGUUUAAUUAUUA